CAACGCUCUCCGAACCACAAUGGCAUCUCACGGUCUAACCGUCCUACCGCCCACCACCCGGGCAGGCGAAUACCUCUUGCCCGCGCAAUACCUUCUCUACAGCCUCGCAUACCUACCCUCCACAAUCUACCACACGCUCACCGGCCCCGCGCCAUUCACCGACACGUUCUUCUCUCGGAUCUGGGCCUCGCUUCCAGUGGACUUCUCCGAAGAAAAGCGGCGGAUCAUUGCUGGCGCACAUGGAGUGGUUAUAGAGAUCGGCCCGGGAUUGGGAAAUACUCUGCAGUGGUAUGAUAAAGACAAGGUGGAUAGUUUGUAUCUGGUCGAGCCGAACAGGGCAAUGCAUACGGAGCUGAAGGAGGCGGUGGUGAAAUAUGGCUGGGAGGGGAGGUGUAAAGUGGUGGCUUGUGGAAUUGAGGAUGCCCAGGAGCUGGCGAAGGAGGGCGUGCCGAAGGAGGGCGUGGAUUGUCUCGUUUCCAUUCAGGUCCUUUGCAGCAUUCCCGAUCCCUCCAUCCACCUCCCAGCUCUCCACCGCCGUCUUAAGCGCGGCGGGGAGCUGCGGAUCUUCGAGCACAUACGCUCCCACGAUUCCACGACGGCAUGGCUGCAGUGGUUUUACGACUUCGUGUGGCAUAUUCCGUUCGCUGGAUGUGAGCUCUCACGGCCGACGGAUAAACUGCUGGGGGAGCUGGAGGGGUGGAAAGAGGUGCAGCUGGAGAAGAUCAAGGGAGAGUCAAGAUGGUGUACAAUUCCGAGUUCUUGGGGCUGGUUGGUUAAGGCGUAG